AUGGUCGUCACAUCGUCGACCGUACUCAAUCUAAUUAUAAUCGUCAAAAUUGUAUACGGUAUGUUGUUCAAUGUGGUCGCAUUUGGAAUGGCUUAACAGUUCGAGCCAUUCCAAAUGCGACCAAGACGCCCAAAUAAGAGCCUAGUGAGAAUAUGGUCGAUUUACAAUGUCCUGCAUGGUCAAAAAGGAGUUUUUAAUGAGAGAAAUGCGAAGUUUGAAGCUUUCUACGCUGCGCCCGAUCAUAGAGAGCCCACAGAAGCAUACAGCAAAGCGGAAGUCGUAAAUAGUCGGGCGCAGUAGCUAAAUGUCUAGCCUUCCUUCCACAGUUCUUAGAAACAAGUUGAAUUGACUAUAAUCCUCUCAAUAAGACUUCUCGAUGCUUCUAUGCGAAAGUCGCAAAAAGUCGGGCGCAGCCGCUUCGCGACCGCAACGCAUCGAUCCAUUCCCAACUAAGUCUAUUUUCAGUUGGUUGUUUAUCGCAAAAAUAUACGAGACUGAAUAGUUCCUUUUCAAUAAGACUUGAACUCCACAGCCCUAAUCGCUUCUCGAUGCUGAUACGCGAAAGUCGCGAAAAGUCGGGCGCAGCCGCUCCGCGACCGCAACGCAUCGAUCCAUUCCCAACUAAGUCUAUUUUCAGUUGGUGGUUUAUCGCAAGAAUAUACGGGAUUGAAUAGUUCCUUUUCAAUAAGACUUGAACUCCACAGCCCUAAUCGCUUCUCGAUGCUGAUACGCGAAAGUCGCGAAAAGUCGGGCGCAGACGCUUCGCAACCGCAACGCAUUGAUCCAUUCCCAACUAAGUCUAUUUUCAGUUGGUUGUUUAUCGCAAGAAUAUACGGGACUGAAUAGUUCCUUUUCAAUAAGACUUGAACUCCACAGCCCUAAUCGCUUCUCGAUGCUGAUACGCGAAAGUCGCGAAAAGUCGGGCGCAGACGCUUCGCAACCGCAACGCAUCGAUCCAUUCCCAACUAAGUCUAUUUUCAGUUGGUUGUUUAUCGCAAGAAUAUACGGGACUGAAUAGUUCUCUGUGUUGGCACGGGGAUCCGUACCGACGCGAGUCCUACAAAGACACCAAGCAGAGUAUUUGCUCAUUUGACAUGGUGAGGGAAACUCUCUGCUUUUUACACACUGUCUCGCAAAUCGUGCCAGGACCAUUUUUUACGCAAAUUUCAAUGAUCCUUAAUACAUGGAUGAGAAAAUCUUGAAAACGGCCUCAAAACGAUUGGAAAAAUAGCAAGAUGUUUUUUAAAGAAGGGGCUGAAAAAAUAGAGUUUUACACAGUACCCGGUACACUUUGAAUGCUCCGAGGGUUGAAAAUUUGUUAGAUUUUUCAAUUUCCUUCCCGGGAAAGCCCAAUAAGUGAGAUUUCUUCAGUAAACCAUUGAUUUUUGGUGUGUGAAUCUGUGAAAACUCUUCUUAAACUUAAAAUUCAUUCACAAGAAGGCUUAAAAACGAGAUUUUCACAGUAACUAGUAGAUUUGGAACAUUUCAAGCAAUCAAAAUCUCAAUUUUUCACAGGAAGGCCUGGAAGAAGAGGGAUUCCGGCCGGCCUGUCGUUUUCGUUACUCACAUGGGACACUUUUCAACGACGCUUGCGAUAUUUGUACUAUUGAUGUGGGUUUUUGGGAUUUUCUAACGGAAAAUGAUAUUUGAAAAAUCAAUAAAAAAAUUGUAAAAAAACUGUUUUUUGAGAUAACUUCGAUUUUUUUCGAUAUUUUUUCCGAUUUUUUUCAAUUUAUUUAAUGUUGAUAGUACUCUAAAACAAAUAGAAGAACUUGUCAAAAUUUUUAAAAAAAUUCAAAAAAAUCCUCAAGAACCUUGAAAGAGACAAUAGAGGAACAGAUAAAUCUAAAAAAAGGGAGUUUUUAAAAAAAGUUAGAACAGUUAUUUUUUUGAAAAAUAAAUCAUUUUUUUCGACUUUUUUUGAAAAAUCCCCUGAUAUCAAGAUUAAAAAGUGAGAGAUUCUAUGAACUUGGGAAACCUUCCUAAUUUUUUUAAAAACCUCAAAAAAUCAUGAAAAAACCCCUAUAAUAUACAAAAAAUUGAUGAUUUUGAGCGGAAAAAGGGUAAAAUUGGAUAAUCAUCAAAAAUUUCGGUUUUCUUGAGCAUAACAACCGUAUCAAAUCUCUAAAAAGCUCAUUUCCAGCCAUCUUCCGGAGAUUUAUGCCAUUUCGACGCGGAAGCCAAUGAUUUCGAAUGCUGCUGUCGGACGCCCAAUUGCAAUAAAUAUGUAGAUUUUAGGAGAAAAUUCAAAAAAAAUGACUACUGAAUUUUUCAGAUGAUUUUUGAUUUACUACCGGGAUUCUUGAAGCCAAGCAGUGAGUUCAGAAAAAGAAGCGUGCCGCAUUUGGAAUGGCUCGAUUUGUGCCGCAUCGCGUCCGCAUCGUGCUGAACCAUUCUCAAUGCGGUCUUUUUCGGCCGGAAAUCUUGAAAGACUCUUUCCCAAAAACAUAAAAGUCCUUUUUAAGUUAACUGGUCGCAUUUGGAAUGGUUCAGCGCGUUGCGGUUGUUUCAAAAGCUUUCUCGACUGCAAAGCGACUUUCGCGCUACUAGAUGCUCUAAAUUGAGCCUCGUUGCGACCGCAACGGUUCAAGCCAUUCCAAAUGCGACCAGUAGUCGAUUUUAUGUACCUUAUUCGGGAUUUUCGGUCGGAAACCUACAAAAGAGUGAUAAUCUCUGUUUCCGAUUGAAAAAAAUAACAGCUUGAAGGUUACUGGUCGCAUUUGGAAUGGCUAGACGCGUUGCAGUUGUUUUAAAAGUGCCUCCAAAUUGAACUUCAUCGUGUCGAGCCAUUCCAAAUGCGACCAGUAGACUUUAUAUAUUUCUAACAAUCUUUUUUCACCCGAAAACCUCGGAAAAACAUGAAUUUCACUGGUCGCAUUUGGAAUGGCUUCACGCGUUGCGGUUGUUUUAAAAGUGCCUCCAAAUUAAACUGCAUCGUGUCGAGCCAUUCCAAAUGCGACCAGUAGACUUUCUUAGGACUUUUUUCAUUCAAAAACCUAGGAAAACAUGGAUUUCACUGGUCGCAUUCGAAAUGACUCAACGCGUUGCGGUUGUUCUAAAAGUGCGCCCGACUCUAAAGCGACUUUCGCGCUUCUAGAUGCUCUAAGUUGAACCGCAUCGCGUCGAGCCAUUCCAAAUGCGACCAGUAGACUUUCUUAGGACUUUUUUCCAUUCGAAAACCUCGGAAAAACAUCAAUUUAACUGGUCGCACUUGGAAUGGCUCAACGCGUUGCGGUCGCGAUGCGGUUGUUUUAAAAGUGCCUCCAAAUUGAACCGCAUCGCGUCGAGCCAUUCCAAAUGCGACCACUAGACUUUCUUAGGACUUUUUUCCAUUCGAAAACCUCGGAAAAACAUCAAUUUAACUGGUCGCAUUUGGAAUGGCUCAACGCGUUGCGGUUGUUUUAAAAAUGCCUCCAAAUUGAACUGCAUCGCGUCGAGCCAUUGCAAAUGCGACCAGUAGACUUUCUUAGGACUUUUUUCCAUGAAAACCUCGGAAAAACAUCAAUUUAAUUGGUCGCACUUUGGAAUGGCUCAACGCGUUGCGGUUGUUCUAAAAGUGCGCCCGACUCUAAAGCGACUUUCGCGCUUCUAGAUGCUCUAAGUUGAACCGCAUCGCGUCGAGUCAUUCCAAAUGCGACCAGCAGACUUCAAGCGUUUCUUAGGACUUUUUUUCCAUUCAAAAACCUCGGAAAACAUGGAUUUCACUGGUCGCAUUUGGAAUGGCUUCACGCGUUGCGGUCGCGAUGCGGUUUUUUUAAAAGUGCCUCCAAACUGAACCGCAUCGCGUCGAGCCAUUCCAAAUGCGACCACAAGACUUUCUUCGGACUUUUUUCCAUUCGAAAACCUCGGAAAAACAUCAAAUUAACUGGUCGCAUUUGGAAUGACUUCACGCGUUGCGGUCGCGAUGCGGUUGUUCUAAAAGUGCGCCCGACUCUGAAGCAACUUUCGCGCUUCUAGAUGCUCUAAGUUGAACCGCAUCGCGUCGAGCCAUUCCAAAUGCGACCAGUAGAUUUUGAAUAUUUUCUACGAUAUUUUUUUCAGUCGGAAACAUCAGCAACGCCGAAUCCGACCUGAGUUUCACUUUGCUACCACACGAUUUUUGGACAGUCCCAUUUGCUUUGGAACAGUUCCAUCAUGGUCGGUGAAUUUUAUGAUCAAAGAAAGAAAGAUUGAAGAUUUUUUUUCAGCAGACUGGUACAUUAACUCCAACAACACCUGCUUCGGGGGCGUUUUCGAUAGUUCUCAAAGUCAUUAUUGGACCUAUUUUGAAUAUGAGAAGUGCUGGAAUAUGGUGAGAUUUUUUAUAUUUCCUACAAAGAUUCUAAAAAAUGUCGUAGGUCCUCGAAAAGACUUUAUACUUUUCAAAGAAAAAUAAAAGCUCUCUGGUCGCAUUUGGAAUGGCUUAAAGUCAUCUAACACCUCACAAGCACAAAGUUUGUAUGAAGGAACUCAGGAAAGAUUCAAAUUUCUUGACUCUAUCCGUUCUAACUCUUUUCGAUGAAACUAAGAAUGGUUCGACAUGCGUCGCGGUCGCGUUGCGGUGGACAUGAUAAAUUGGAAAUUCGAAAUUUAUCAGUGUAUUCUUAUCAAUGGCUUUAUUUAAAGAUUUGAUUUUCACAAUAGGCUAAAGAAUCUGUGGUCGCACUUGGAAUGGCUCAAAACUAAAAUUACUAUAAAAUGCGUAUUUUUUGAGCGAUUCCAUAAGACGGUUAAGAUUUCGUACCAACGAAAUUUCGUAAAUAAGCAAAAAAAAGGUCGCACUGGGAAUGGCUCAACAUGCGUCGCGGUCAAAGGAAAGAGGUUAAAGCUCGAAAAAGCGGAAUUGAACAUAAGAUCCUCUGAAAAAGAAGCAAUUGCUCUACCAACUGAGCCAUUUAACUUUUCAUUUAUUUUCCAUUUUGAUAUGCGUCGCGGUCGCGUUGCGGUUUUUCUUGAUUUUCCAUAUCAAAACUGACCUGCAUAAAAUCAUCGACGGCUCGCUCUAAUGCUUCUUAAUGCUACCAAGCGGAAGUCGUUUCUCGGUCGGGCGCAAAAUUUCGAUGUAACCGCUUUGAGCCAUUCCAAGUGCGACCAACGUUGAGAGAUCCAUUCAUUUUUUCUUACACAAAUCGGAAGCCUAAUUUUCAUUCUUCAUGUCUUGAAAAAAGUCUGAAAUGUCUGCACUCUUUUCUGUUCGUAUCCCUCGUCAGGAGAGAGAACGAGAGAGCCCAGACAUGUCAGACAGUACCAAGGAUGAUUUCAGGAUCCGACAGAAAGUUACUGUAGCGCAUACUCCAGCGAAGGCGGCGACGAGAAUUUCCUCCACAUCCGACUUGGCUGCGAUGAAGACUGCGCUAGUGAGUUUUGAAAAGUUAGGAACUGUCUGACUUGUCUGCGCUCUCUUUGCCUGGCGGCUCUCUCGUUUUAACUCCUCAGACUCUGCUAAUGUUGACCUAAGGUAUCUUUCCGGAGAAAUUGACCAUUAAGCAGUCACUUAAGUGACUUUAGGAGCUCCUUAAAAUUACAGAAGAUCUAGCGAGAGAAAAGAGAGCGCAGACGAGUCAGAUUUUUCCAAAUUCAAAUGUUCCAGAAGUCAUGAAAAACAAGAAAAAAUCGUAUCAUUGUUGGGACCAAGUCGGGGAAAAGAGAAAGAGGAAAUGCUGCUGCUCCGGCUUCAAUUGCAAUUCGGAGGUUCGUUUAUUUUUUUUUGAACAUCAAGUGCGCUCUAUUGAGAAAAAUACCUAUUUUUGAGAUUUUUCAGAGAGAAUCUCAAAAACAAAUUCUAUUUUUCAGCUAUAUUUGAAAGAAGGUUUCUACGGAGCAAUGGUCAGGCAUCGGGCGCAUAAAGAAAACUGUGAGCUUUGAAAUUUUUGAAGCGUUGCGGUCGCGUCGCGGCUUGAUAACAUUUUUUUAAAAAUUAAAUCCAAACUUCAAUGCGUCGCUUGUUGAAUCGAGGUGACGUCAUCAAAAAUAAUUCUCUUCUAAAGACUUCCAGUUUUAUCUGACGUCACUCAAAUGUCUUUUUAAAUUAUGACGUCAUUUUCCAAAAUUCCAAGACCUGAAAUGAUGCCACCAAGUGAAACAGGUGAAAUCAGAAGCACUGCGGUCUCGUCGCGGCUUUUGAUGACGUCAUUCCUACAAAUGCUUUCCCUGUCUGACUUUUGAUGACGUCACAAAGUCUUGGGAGCUGCGAAUAGGUUUUCUGAAAUAUUUGAAGCGCUGCGAUCGAGUCGCGCUUUUGAUGACGUCAUUUUUACAAAAAUGCUUUCCCUAUCUGCUUCUUGGUGACUUCAUCAAGUCUCGAAAGCUGCGAAUAUGUUUUCUGAAAUUUCUCAAGCGUUGCGGUCACGUCGCGGCUUUGAAUGACGUCAUUUUUACAAAAACGCUUUCCUUGUCUGAUUCUUGAUGACGUCAUGGAGUCUUGGGAGCUGCUAAUUUGUUUGCAGCAAUUUCUGAAGCGCUGCGGUCGCGUCCGUCGCGGCUUUUGAUGACGUCAUUUUUUAAAAUUCUCUCCGUCUUCUUGAUGACGUCAUCAAGUCUUGGGAGCUGCAAGUUUUUCUCAGCGCGCGUUCCUUGAUGACGUCACUCCCAAUCGAGAGCCAUUUUCAGAUCUCACGAACCAUCUCAACGAACGUGAUCGUACAAGACACGAUUUCCAGCACUACGUGAUCAGCAAGAGAGUUUUUGGUGGGUUCUGAUCAAAUCAAUUAUUAAUUAUUCAUCAAUCAAUCAGAUGGUCUCUGUUUGACGUUCUGUAUCUUGAUUUUGACGGCAGUCCUAAUGAUGUACACGACGGUCCGUCCGGUCAGAAUCGAAAAAAGGGAACAAUCAUCGGUCAACGAGCCGGUGAGUAUUGCCAGACUCGUAGGCGGUCGCGUCGCGGCUUUUUUUGGUGACGUCAUUGAUUGGAACGGUAGAGAAAACAGAUUUGCAGCUACCCUUUUAGUGACGUCAUUCAUGGGAAAUGUUGAGAAAAUGAAUUUGCAGCUCCCAAGAAGAGGAAAAUUUUUGGCCUUUUUGGAAAAAUAUGGAACAGAGAGCUUAAGAAAAAAUUUUACUAAAAAAAUUCUGAAUUUCUAUUUUUUAAUAUUGCCAGACGCGUCGCGGCUUUGUGACGUCAUAAUAGGCUUAAAAUUUUUUUUCCCGAAAUUUUUCACAUGUAGCUUUGUCAUCAGGGGAAAUAUUCGAAAGCGCUGCGAAUUCUGUCAGACGCGAACGCGGUCGCGUCGCGGCUUAGACCAUUUUUCAAAAAACUAAGUACCUCUGUUUGCCCCUGUAGAGCUUGAGUACUUGAAGUUGAGUAGUCGUUUUCAUCUUGAGUUCCUUUGGAGGCGUUCGCGGUUCCUAUGACGUCAGACGCUUAAAAAGUAUCCACGACCUUCGGAGUUACCUGUAGAGUUUACCAUUGCUUUACGGACUUUUUAAAUUUUUCAGACGCGCGUGCGGUCCAAGUAUCUCAUUUAUUGGGCUCAUUUUUUCAGAGCUUCGAAAUACUCGCAAGAAGCGCCGAAGGUUGA